ACAUUAACAUGCAGGGCAGCACAGAACUCGGUGGCACUCGCAAGCCAACUUGAAAAGAAACAUGGGGGUGAGGGGGUAGUAUCGAGGGGCAGAAAGAACCAAAAGAAAAAAGAGGCGAAAGAUGGAAGUGUUCCUUGAAAAAUGAGGUAAAGAGUGAGACAGGAUGGUGGGAGGGAAGCAGACUAGUGAGGGGGUGUACAAAGGGAGGGGACUUUAGCAGGAGGAAAAUAAGGAAGGUUGAUAGAAUAGAAACCAUUGGAGUGAGAGAAAGAGUUGCUGAAAAGCUGGACGUCUACUGGAGGCAAGAUCUCAUUCAUCAAAACCAGAACAGAAUCAAACUCUACAGAAAUCAUACAGAAUCAAGAUGUUGUCGGGGUCACAGGUCACAUUUCUCCUGCUUCUUUAUCUAUCUGAGUGGGUCCGCGCAGCAUCCGUCGGUCCAUCGCUGCUCCAUCCCCCCGUCACGCGUGUCCGCAUCAUUGCAGUAGCGGACGACUACGAUGACGCAAGCUCAGUGACAACCCUCACCCCACGAUCGCCGGGGGCCACCACCACCCGCGCGAUCCCCCGUAUAUGUGACUAUGACCCCUGUGUGGUUCAGAUAACCCCCUGCUCUGAGAUUUCGGCCCAGACAGGUUGCCUCUGUCGAGGGGUGACAGGAGGGGAGCUGAGGCCCGAGGCCCCGAAGCUUCGGGAGGUCAAGCUGGAACACUCGGGGCAGGUGGUCGUCCACUGGUGUGCCCCUCGCUCCACGGUCACACAUUAUAAGGUUACUCUGAAAGGUGGGGAAGAGCGAGAGCUGAUUUUCGGGGAAUAUUGGCGGAACAGUGCUGUGCCCGGGAUGAAGGUCGGAGAGACGGUCUGUGUGUCGGCCAUGAAUGAUGCAGGGGUCAGCGAAGAGACAUGUGCCCAAUACGAGUCCCCAACGCCUGAUCACGCCGCUUUGAGCGCAGGAAUUAUUGCGGGGGGCGUCGGCUUUCUGGUGCUGAUUACGCUGGUUGCUGUUUUACUGUGGCGACGGAGGUCGUGCCGAAAAGCAAACAUAGGUGAAGCAGGAGGUCUUGGCAAUCCUUCAUACACCAAUGAUGCCGUUCUGUAAUGACUCACUCAGCAAGAUAAAGUGAUAACACGGGAGAACGAAACUGAAUGUAUGAGAUUUUGCACAGUUGUUGCUCACUGUUUUAGGUUCAACACUAAACUGCUUUGAUUGUUUAAGAUUUUUACAAAUUGUGCGAUUGUUUCUAAUGUUUCAGACACCAUGAAAUCUAAAUUUACCCUCUUUUAUUUUCUCCACGAUGAGAUUUAUAGGUGAGCUGUAUUGUAAAGACUGAUGAUUGUCUUCAUUGCGUAGAUUUCCUUCACCUGUGAAAUCAUCGUUUUUCUCUUAUGUCAUCUGGGGUACAUAGAUUAUUGAAUAAUGGCAACCAAGGUCAUUAUCAUAGAUAUUUAAAAUGUUUAUUUGAAACACCAAUAGAUAUUUAGACAUUGAUUUAGGUUACUGUUGUACAGUAAGUGACGCAGCGUUUCUAAAAUCUUUUCAAGACCGUGAUUUAAUGCCAGUUAACAUGAAUUUAAUGAAGGUUACACCAAUAACUACCAAUGAUGUAUUAUUGAUGUACUAUUAAUAUUUGGGAGUAAGUGUUACUGCUGGGAAAUGUGGGGAUUCUCUGGAGUUGUUUUGUUUUAUUUGUAGCAAAACAGCACAUUUUCACCACACAUUUACCAUUGUCUAACCGUGACAAUUUAUAAUUAAACCAUGGUAAAUCAACCAAAAAACAUGGCUACACGUUUACAUAAUAAAACCAUAGUUAAUUGAUUGAUAUUAUAUUUAAUUUCUUAAACUCACAUUCAACUCUGACUCAAUUCUGAUAUGACGCCCCAAAUUUCAUAAUCCAACCAAUUCCCAGUGGUUAAAAGCUAGUCUCUUGCUUGUGUUUUUAUUUUCUCGCUCGGUUAUGCUCAGAGGUACGUUACAGAAGUGAAAUGUGUAGAAAUGUUGUUUAAUUUAAUAGCACUAAUGGUUCUGUAGCCCAUAGGAAGCCUGGAGCUUCAAUAUUCUAAACAGGGUUUUGUAAAGUUUGUUGUACAGCUGCUUGAGGUUAUGUAUAAAUAUUGAAAAUGCAAUCGUUUUUGUAGUACAACUAACUAUGUAGUCAUGGUUUUUCAAUAAAGAUAUUACCACUGCA